UGAUAUUGUAUAUAAACAUGUCAUGAGACGAAGAUAAGUUAAUUUCAUAAAUCCACACAUAGGGAUUUCAAUAGCAACGAUUCCGCUUGGAGUAUUAAGGAUGAAGGCUCUUAUUGUUUUAAGUUGUGUAGUAGCCUGCUGUUAUGGUACUGGAAUUCCAGGGGGCUAUGCGGAAGCUGACAUCAAAGACCCCACAUUAACAGAAAUGGCAAAUUUUUUUGUUGAUCAGUACAACACUAUGUACCAAAGUGGUGCCAAUGCCGCACAAUACCACGACGUGACACUUAUGUCAGCAUCACAGCAGGUUGUUGCUGGUAUGAACUAUGACCUGAAAUUGCGUAUGUCAAAUGGAGUAGUAACGCAAAUAUGUGAUGUUGUCAUUUUCGAUCAAUCUUGGACUCAUACCAGGCGUGUAACCAGCCAGAGAUGUAAACCUAUUGCAAAAAAACGAGUUGGAGGUUAUGAACCACAUGCUGUGGAUGCUGAGGUGAUGAUGAUGGCCAACUUUGCUCUAAACAAGAUGAACUUGCUACAGAAAGAAUCCAACAGCUUGAACAGAGUUGUUGCAGCCAGUACUCAGGUGGUUGCUGGAACAAACUACAGACUCACAUUGGAGCUGGACAAUGGCAAAACUUGUGAGGUCACAGUGUUUAACCAACCAUGGACCCAAACUACUGAACUGACCAGUAACACAUGUGGUCCCACUAAGAGACAGUUGGGUGCCCCCCACUCCAUCAGCGUUAACGACCCUCAAGUUCAGGAGAUUCUUUCUCAAGCUAUUGAAUUGGCCAAUGGAAUGUCUAACGCAAUGUUCCGAAUGUCAGAAGUGUCCAUACAGCAUAUUACCAAACAGGUUGUAGCUGGUUUUAAAUACGAGUUUGACCUUCUCAUGGGUGAAUCUUCGUGCAGGAAUAUUGAAGAAAGCAAAGGACUGACUGCUGCCCAAUGUCCAGUUAAGAACGGAGGAAUGUCUCAAGUAUUCCAUGUUGUUGGUAUCUGGCAGUCGUGGAUGACUCCACAGUACCAAGUUACUGUUUCACCAGUGGUAGUAAAGGAAGACAGACCAGUGGAGACAGAAAAGCUCUCAACCCUGUCAAUGUUCCUUGCCUUUAAGAAGAGACACAAUAAGGUCUACUCCUCUACAGCUGAGGAGAAGAAACGAUAUCUGAUAUUUGAGGACAACAUGAGAACUGUGGCCAAGAUUCAGCAGACGGAAGGAAAAGGAAGCACAGCUCGCUAUGGGGCCACAAAAUUUGCAGAUCUCACAGAGUCUGAAUUCCGCCAGUAUGUUGGUUAUAAAUGGGACCUACUUGGUAAUGUUGGUAUGCAGAAGGCAGACAUUCCCCGAGGGAACAUCCCAGAAGCAUUCGAUUGGCGUGACCAUAAUGCUGUGACUGAAGUUAAGAACCAGGGUUCCUGUGGGUCAUGUUGGGCCUUCUCUACCACAGGAAACAUUGAGGGCCAGUGGGCUAUCAAACGAAACAAACUUUUGUCACUUUCAGAACAAGAACUGGUUGACUGUGACAAGGUGGAUGAGGGCUGUAAUGGUGGACUUCCCAGCCAAGCAUACAAAGAAAUCAUCCGACUUGGUGGCCUGGAGACAGAAACCAGGUAUAAAUAUGAUGGUGUAGACGAGAAGUGUACAUUUAACAGGUCAGACGUUAGGGUGACCAUCAACUCAUCAGUGUCCAUCUCCAGUAAUGAAACAGAAAUGGCUGCAUGGCUAGCAAAGAACGGCCCCAUCUCCAUUGGUAUCAAUGCCUUCGUUAUGCAGUUCUAUAUGGGAGGUAUAUCCCACCCAUGGAGUUUCUUCUGUAAUCCCAAGAAUCUGGAUCAUGGAGUCCUCAUCGUAGGAUAUGGCGUUCAGGAUGGUACACCCUACUGGGUGGUGAAGAACAGUUGGGGACCUGACUGGGGAGAAAAGGGUUACUACUUGGUGUACCGCGGAGAUGGUGUCUGUGGCCUCAACACAAUGUGUACAUCAGCAGUGGUUGACUAGUGAAGUGAGACCUACCAACACCACAAUUUUUAAUGUGAAACAUCAGUAACAGUUUAACAGUAUCAAAUGAUUUAAGUACUUAUGUACCCUGUUUUGUAAGUGUUCAUGUUGUAAUGAACAGGCUGAUGUGGUGAAAUCAGUGAACAUAUAGUGAAAUUUUAACAUCUAGUGGUACAUACAUGUAAAGCCUUCUAUUUAACAUGCAAAAAUCCACAUUCAGGUGUUCAUUUGACCGUCUCCAGACUUUUGGAAAAUCAUGUAACAAAUUUGUUUUUUUUAAAAGAUGUAAAAUUCAUUUUUGUAUGAAAAAUCAAAAUGGAAAGUUGUUUAUUUCGUAUGUAACAAGGGUGUCAUAGAUGUUCUUAUUUACUACCAAUACCCAUUGUCACAUAUUCCAUUUUUGUGAAACAGUUUUCAAAAGUUGACCAUUGUUUUGUUGAAUUUUAAAGAUGAUGCGACUCCCAAGUAGGUUGAUUUCAGCAGAAUCUUAGAAUCUGCUAUUUUACAUCAUUUCAUUGAAUUUUUUACAGCAUAAGGUGAAAAUUCAAAAUAAGUUAUGUAUUUUGUGUUUUUUGGUUUUUUUUUUGUUACUCCUUAUGAAUUCUUGUAAGUGCUAUACAUAUUGUGCGAUGAUCUGAAUUCUGAAUGUUUUUACACAUCAUGGUACUGUGAUAAAACUAAAUUGAAUUUCGACUUAACGAACAGUUGAGGAUUUUUUUAAAUUUACAGAAACUAAGAUAAGUUGCUUCUUUUUGAUCAAAGACAGUUUCACUAGUCAUAAUGCUAAUAACAGGUAAUGAAUGUUUAUGGAGCUAUAUGUAAUUUUCUUAACAAAAUAUGUAUAAUUUUUUUACAUAGUUUAUAUUAUAAGAAUUGUACAUAUUUGAUAAUUGAAACAGGAUGUCUUGAUUAAAAUUGUGCUUUUGUUAGCAGUAACAGAAGUCUUUUCCAUGCCUAAAAUGUCACAAUUUUGUCUUGUCCAUUUGUGCCUGGUAUAUACGGUGUACAUAUUGUCAUAUGCAAUUGAUAAUGCUAUAUAUAUAUACACUUAUACACAAUUUGUGUUUCCAAUAUUUUAUACAUGCAUAUAUACAUGUUUAUAGACAGAUAUUAAGAAUGAACAAUUUUCAAGAUCUGAAAAUGGACUUAUUUAUGUACUUAAAAAAUUUAUAUAUCUAAUCAUUUAUAAAAAAAAAUAGAUUACUGAUAUUAAGAAAUGAGGAAUUUUCAAGGUUUUGAAAUGAUCUAAAUUCUAUAUUAUUUGUUAUUCUACAUGUUUACAUAAUAAUGAUUGUCAGUGUUUGUGUUUACAUUUUCCGGAUUGUCUGGUAAAUAAUUGUAGAUCAUUAAGACAAAUUACUCAGAAUUAUGAAGAAACCAGUUAUGAAUUAAAAACAUUCCAAUUUUAUCAUUAACAUCAUUGACAGAUAUUACAGGAUACCCAUUUUAUUUGUUUUUUUUUCUCUUAUUUAACAUUUGGAAAGAAGAUUUAUUGUAAAUACUGUUUUGAGUUUUAAAAGUGAAUUCAGAUGAUGAUAUUAGGCGUCAUAAAUUUCGACAGAAGUUUCAGCUUCAUUUUGAAAUAUGAAACUGUUUUUAUUGCUUUCAAUUAUUUUUGGAAAAAAAAAAUCUUUUUAGAACUAAUCAGCAACGAAAGUGUUUAUAUGUAUGAUGAUAUUAACUUGAAACUGUUAAAUUUUGUACGUGUUCAGAAAAUAAAUUAUUGGAAGCAUA